UACAAAUUGACAUUGACAUAUUCUGCAGCAAAUGAAAACGUUUGAUGCCACCAGAGUGAAAGUACUCGGCUCACUCGGCUGGCUUUUAUAUUCGAGAGAGUUGUCAGUUUGUUUUGAAGAAUUUUAAAAGUGGACGGUAUAGACGAUGGGUAUCAAGGAAUUAUGGCCAAUCUUACAACCAUUCGCUGAAAGAAAACCUUUGUACGAACUUGAGGGUAAAAUUGUGGCCAUCGAUCUAGCUGGAUGGGUUUGUGAAAGCCUCUGUGUUGUUGAUUAUGUUGUUCAACCAAGGUUUUACCUUCGAAACUUGUUCUUUCGAACGUGUUAUCUUCUGUUGUCCGGUGUGACUCCCGUAUUUGUACUCGAGGGAGACGCUCCACCUUUGAAGUACGGCGUAAUAUGCAAACGUAAUGAACUGCAGUUCAGAGGAGCAAAACCGAGAAAUGCAGUAACACAGACUGAAUCGUCACAGAAAGCCAGCCAAGCCAUCAAGAAGCCAGACAAAGGACGAAGUCGUUUCAAUUACGUCUUGAAACAAUGCGAAGAGCUAAUUGCUAGUAUGGGAUUGCAGUGCGUUCAGGGUCCUGGUGAAGCGGAACAAUUUUGUGCAUUUCUCAACGAAGACAAGAUGGUCGAUGGUGUUAUCAGUCAAGACUCUGAUUGUUUUGCAUAUGGUGCCCGUCGAGUGUAUCGUAACUUUUCGGUAUCUACACAAGGUGCAUCAGCCGCACAAGGUGGUGCUGUCGACGUUUAUGAUAUUGAUAACGUUCAAAAAUCGAUGGAUUUCGGACGGAACAAGAUGAUUGUUUUGGCUUUGCUGUGUGGUUGUGAUUAUUGCCCUGGAGUAAAUGGUGUGGGUAAAGAUGCUGCUAUGAAAUUGUUGAAUCGAUACAGUGAGAAGGAGAUACUGACAAGAGUAAAGUCAUGGCGUUCCAUUGAUCAUAAAUAUACGUCCCUUGAGGUCAAGGUUGAUGAUAAAAGUUACUGUGUCAAUUGCGGUCAUCUUGGCCGAGCACAAAAUCAUUCGAAAAAGGGUUGUGGUGAUUGCCGAUCACAGCAAGGAUGUGAUGCUACACUUUGGAAGGAACAGCGGUUAGCUCUCAAGUCCGAGCUUCAAAUAAGAAAGAAAGCAAUGACCGAUCCAGAGUUUCCAUCACAAAAACUUAUCGACGAAUUCUUAAAUCGACCUGUCACUCUACCCAAAUUAGACUUGAAUUGGAAACAGCCAAGUGUUGUCAAAUUUUUGAAAUUCAUGAGUCAUCUGUUGCAAUGGGAAGAAAUUUAUUGUUUUCAAAAGUUCCUACCACUGUUGACGAGAUGGCAAUUAUUUCACUAUGGCAGCGGCAGUAAAAGUGUACCGCUGAAUGGGAAUGUUUGUCCAGAUUACAUUAAAAAGAAGAGAACACCAAAAGGAAUUGCCAGCUAUGAAAUCAUUUGGAAGGAUGAACAUAAGUGCUUCGAGGGAUUGAUACCAGAGGAACAAGCGAAAGUAUUCAUGGAACAAAACUCAACUUUAGAGGUACUAUGGAGUACUGUUGAACCAGUCGAUCUUGUUCAAAAAGCGUAUCCAGACCUUGUUAGCACCUACUUAGACACUACAAGUGCAAAGACUAAAAAAUCAUCAAAGAAAUCGAAAGCCAAAGCGAAAGAGCCGAUAGUCAGCGACAAAAAUAAGGAAAACGACAAGCCGAUCAGAGCGAAGAAGAUAUUAAAGACUAAAGAGGACGGACAAGCCAAACAGAUUGAUGAAUAUUUCAAGAAAGUAAAAAAUGUACCAGCGAAAGUCACACCGAAAACCAAACCAAAUCCCCAGCCACCGAAAAAUAAUCCGCGAACACAGUCACCGAAGAUAGAAACCUGUUCAACACCACUUGGAUUAGUCGAAUUGUCGUUCGACUUCAAUGACUCGAGUGAUAAUAUUCACGACCUAUCGGACAUCAUCCAACAUAUCGUCUCAACUUCACCCAAUAUCACCAACAUAUGUGGAAGGAAACUUUACUACGACUGUGGUAACAAACAGCCAGAACAGCGUGAGUCGAUUCCAACCAUAGAUGAUGAGAAAGAUGAAACAACGGAUGAAUUUGAUAUGAUUGUCGCUGGAAUGAAACCACUUUCUCGUGAGAAUAUCACACCAACAACUUCACGUAAGAAACCUAAGAAGCGGCCAAGUCAGACCAUCUCAAAGUCUCAAGAUGAAAGGAAUAAAAGCCCAUCAACAACUCCUAUUAUAAUCAAGAAAUUUUUCAAACGUAACCAAAUUACGCCCAAAACAUCCGCACUAGCAUCAUCGACACCUACAAUCUCACCUGAAAGUCCACCCGUACUGACAUCAUCCACACCAACACAUUCACCUGGACGCAAUGAAAGCUUUGCGUCGAUUUCAUCGCCUAAAGAAGGCAAGGAAGCGAACGUAAGCUAUUUCUUUGGUGAUUUCACCGAGGAAAAUGACAUUUUCGAGAAACUGACCGAUUUCCGGAACAUGGACGAUGAAUCCAACGGCGAAGAAGACAACGAUGCUGUUCGCCAAGGUGAUGAAUUGCAGGAUAUCAAUGACUCGCCGCCGAUUGAAUUGAGUGAAACAUUUGAUUUGGACGACUAUGUACCGGUAGGUGCAAAUUUAAGAAAACGAAUAGCUUCUUAGGUGUUUGUUGUACUCAAAAUAAUUUAGUUUAAAGUUGAAUAAAUUGGUGAUAAUUACAA